CCCUCCAAUCCACUGAGCGCAAGCUCAAGAAAGCUCCAACUCACGAGCAUUAGAGCGACGAAAUUCGCUAUUUUUAACGGACCCAUGAUCGAUAUUCGAAGAGAUUGCUUCUGGGCUUAAAACGAAAUGGACGGUCUCGCCUUCUCCUCCGCCGCUUACGCCGCCACCGCGGCUUCCCUCGCCGGGAAAUCCGUACCGUUCCCUGCUGUAGUUCGUAUUAGGAGAAAAAGGGAAGAGCUCUCGGGUGGACAGAGGAAAUUUAUAGUUUCUGCUUCGAAGAAGGAAGAGCCAAAGCUCAAUGAAUGGGACCAAAUGGAGCUCAAAUUUGGCCGGUUGCUUGGCGAAGACCCGAAACUGACUUUGGCUAAGAUAAUGGCUAGGAAGGUGAACCCAGAUGCUUCAUUUGUUGAAAUUGAGAAGUCUUAUUACAAGAACAAGGGUAAAAUGACAGAAACAGAAGAGGUUCCAUUAGAUUGGUCAAAGGAAAAGAAGCCUUCUAGUUCAUCGAAUGGUCUGAAUUUGGUAAGGCCCAUUCCAAAGGACGGAGUCAAAUUUGAAACUAACGAUAAGCCAACUAGACCUGAGGUGAAGAAAGCAAUCUCGGCCGUGAAGAAGAUACCCGAGGCUGCUCCAAAAGGGAGAGUCCCCAAUGUGAUAUUGAGAAAGCCAAGUUCAUAUUAUGUAGAUGAUGAUGAAGAUGCAGGGUCUAAGUUGCGGCUAAAGCCAAAUCUGACGUUGCAAAUGAGGAACGAAAACUUUAAAGAGAGGUUUAGUGACAUGACAUUGUUAAGAAAACCGGAUCCAACGAACCCAAAUGCGCUGGAAGAGAAGAGAGAAGAGGUUUUGGACAAUAUUGGAGAUGGAAAUGACGUCAGCCUGGAAAAACAAGCAGAUGGAGCUUAUGCAGAUUUUACUCUUUUGAAGAAGCCAGAUGCAGGGCAAAUGCCCAAGAAAAUACAAGAACAGACUGGGGAUGAUGGAGGUGAGGAAAUGUCAGAGACGAAAAUUGAAGAAUCUAAAAUUGAAAUGCUGCAACAUAGCGAGAACCUUUCAAUAUCCUCAACUGUUAAUAGUGAUCCACAAGAUAGCAUUUCACCUGAUUCAGUUAUUCAAGCAAAUGCUGAAGCUUCCUUGCAGGGGAAACCACAAAGAUUAGACCCAUCCUUGGCAGAGCCAUUGACUUCGGAUGGAGGACACGUCUAUGUGAAUCAUGAAGGACAACAUGACUCCAUUGAGCUUAAGGGUCCUCCUUCCAGAUCGGUCCUGGAGGAAAGUGAUUGGAAUAAGGCUCGGGACCUGCUUAGGACAGAAGCACGGGUAGAUGUUGAGCUAAUAAGUUCAAGCACAAGAGGAUUUGCUGUAUCCUUCGGUUCUUUGAUCGGAUUUUUGCCCUACCGGAACCUUGCAGCAAAAUGGAAGUUCCUAGCUUUUGAAUCGUGGUUGAGAAGAAACGGCAUAGACCCAUCAUUAUAUCGACAAAAUCUUGGAGUGAUUGGAGGUCUUGAUGUCACUAGUAAAAGUCCACUCCCAGAUUCAAGCCUCGAUCCUGAAGUUGAUAAGAUGAUCAAAGGAAACAUCUCUCCUGAUAUGAAGCUGGAAGAUCUUCUUAUGAUCUAUGACAAAGAGAAACAGAAGUUCUUGUCAUCUUUUGUUGGCCAGAAAAUCAAAGUUACUGUGGUCAUGGUUAAUAGAAAUUCGAGGAAGCUUAUAUUUUCCAUGAGGCCCAGAGAAAACGAAGAGGAAGUUGAGAAAAAACGAAGUCUUAUGUUCAAGCGUGUAGGGGAUGUUGUGAAAUGUUGCAUCAAGAAAAUUACUUACUUUGGGAUAUUCUGUGAAGUUGAAGGUGUCCCUGCACUGAUCCACCAGUCAGAAGUUUCAUGGGAUGCCACUUUAGAUCCUGCAUCAUAUUUCAAGAUUGGUCAGAUUGUUGAUGCAAAGGUGCACCAGUUAGAUUUUACACUUGAACGGAUAUUCUUAUCACUGAAAGAAAUCACGCCUGAUCCUCUAGCUGAAUCCUUAGAGUCUGUAGUCGGAGAUUAUGACAGUUUAGAUGGAAGGCUACAAGCAGCAGAACUAGACAUCGAGUGGCCUGAUGUGGAAUCCCUUAUCAAAGAGUUGGAAAUGGUCGAUGGAGUUCGGUCAGUCUCAAGAGGUCGUUUCUUCUUGAGCCCGGGGCUUGCUCCAACAUUUCAGGUUUACAUGGCAUCCAUGUUCGAGAGCCAAUACAAACUACUCGCCCGAGCUGGAAACAAAGUACAAGAGCUGCUUGUUGAAUCAUCAUUGAGCAAGGAAGAGAUGAAAUCUACGAUUAUGUCAUGCACAAACAGAGUACAGUGAAGCUUCCAUUUUUAAGAUAAGCCCCACUUGGAGUUGAUACACAAAGACCCAUUUUUUAUUCUGCCACUAUCUUCGAAACCCAGAAGAAAAGUUUACAUCUUUGCGUUCUGUAUUUUUAUUUUUUUUUACUUUUUCUGGGGAGUUAGGUGAAAAAACAAGAAAUGACAAAUGGAACAAACGAUUUUGUAAUCAAAUGGAUCAAUGUUGUUAGUUGUAAGAUUGUAUUUACUUGUUCUUGUGGAUUUCGUUUC